CAGCUGAUCAUUCAAAUUCUGGAACCACAGGAAAGGCCAGUCUCUCUUCAGCAUGGGAUCUUCUGGACUAUUGAGCCUCUUGGUGCUAUUCAUCUUCUUAGUGAAUGUCCAGGGACCUGGUCUGACUGAUUGGUUAUUUGCCAAGAGAUGUCCCAGAAUCAAAGAAGAAUGUGCAUUCAAAGAGAGGGAUGUGUGUACAAAGCACAGACAAUGCCCGGACAACAACAAGUGUUGUGUCUUCAGCUGCGGAAAAAAAUGUUUUGAUAUCAAACAAGAUGUGUGCGAAAUGCCGAAAGAAACUGGCCCCUGCAUGGCUUUUUUCCGUCGUUGGUGGUAUGACAAGAAAAAUGAUACUUGCUCUAUCUUUAUCUAUGGUGGCUGCCAGGGAAACAAUAACAACUUCCAAUCUGAAACCAACUGCCUGAACACCUGCAGGAAAAAACAUCCAUGUCCCAAAAUCAAAGUGAUAUGCCCAAUGGAUGAAAUAGACCACUGUACCAGACACGGAGAUUGCCCAGAAGACAUGGACUGUUGCAUGUACAGCUGUGGAAAGAAAUGUGUAGCUCUCAAAGAAGGCUCCUCUGUGUAUAUAAAUCCAGGAUGUCUUUCUUGACCACCUUAGACUGCCUGCACUCUUUCUUCGCUGCCCAUAUUAUUGGGCUCUAAAGAAGACCAUCAAGGACUAUUCAUCCAUUCUAUUCAUUCAACAAAUAUGAUUGGUUCCCUGACACCCAUGAUGAGUUCCACUUGCUCAUUGUGGCCAGGAAGAUCAGAAAAGGUUUUUCUGGGAAAGGGAUCCAUGAUUUAAGGUCUGAAAGAUGAGUACUUAGACAAAAAAUAUCGGACAAAAUAGCCUUUCAGGCACAGGUAAUAGCAUGUGCAAAGGCUCUGUGGCAGGAGGCAGCAUGUUCAGGCCUAGAA